GCUCCGAAGUGAGAGCAGACAGAGUGCGCGCGCCGACUGGUGACUCCUGAAGAGAUCCAACCUGGCUCCUUCCUCCCUCUUCUGGCGGUUUCUGAGACGCGCUAGGCUGGCGCCGCGACAGAAAAAAGGCAUCGCCCGUGCCCGGAACUACCAGGACCCCGCCGAGCCGCGGGAAGCUUCGGCUGGAGCGAUGCCCCGGAAACGGCGGCGGCGAGGCGGCGUUCGGGGAGUCCCCGGCCGGGAGGAAGGCCGGGCUAGCAGGCGUAGCGUGUUCCCGUUCGGCCUGCUGCCGGUGGACUGCCAACUGCACAUCUUCUCCUUCCUGACGGAGGCGGAGAAGUGCACGGCGGCUGAGGUGUGCCGCGCUUGGAGCCAGCUGAUGCGCACGCCCCGCCUGUGGCGCACGGCAGACUUCAUGCGGCUGGGCGCCUUCCAAUCGGGCCUCGAGGUGGUGCUGGUGUCGGCGCGAGAGUUUGAGCGCUGGAAGGACUGGGUGCACCAGUAUGCCUAUCACCUCAUGGCCCGCGGAGCCAGCCUGCUGCGACUCCGGGCCAGCUUUGAUCUGGCUGACCAGGGGGCCCGCUGGGCCGACUUCCUCUCUGGCUUCCUGGAGGGUGUCCACUGUGGGGAUCUGCGGGACCUGGAGCUCAACUGGACCCUGACGCACCUCGAGCCGCCUGACUUCUACCCACCGGGCACGUGCAGCAUGACCCAGGUGAGCCUCACCAAGCUGGAUCAGAUCCACAACUUCCAGAUGCUGUUGGAGAGGCUGCUGAUCCGGGCACCUCGCCUUAGCCGGGCCAAGCUCCCUUUCGACUGGUCGGCGCGAUCAGUGGCGCUGCUGACGCGCUUCCAGCAACUCCAUACCCUGGAGCUCAAAUACUUCUGGAGCUUUAAGGGGGUGUGCCCAGACACCAUGCAGGAACUGACCAAGGCCCUGCCCAACCUCAAGACCCUGGUCCUGCACGUACUCGUGCCAGUCAAGGACCUGGGUGUAUCCUAUGCACUUGAGUCCCGAUCCCUGGAAACUCUAGAUGUGUCCCAGAGCCGGGGCUUAGUCUUCCGCCACCUUGACCUGCCAGCACUUAAAGCCCUUCGCGUGAAGAAAACAGUCCGGGGCAUCAUCCUCAACUGCCGCACUCGCCUGGCCCUGCAGAGUCGCUGGGCUUGCCUCUACACACUUCUGUGCCGGGGGACUCCCAAUCUGAGAGUCUUCAAUAACCAGAUCCUGCUGCCUCACUGGCGGGAGCAGGCCUAUAAGGAACUACAUGCCUUAUUACUCCAGGCCUGCUACUGUACCCGCCACUCAGAUACCUGGCUCCUAUGAGGGAGUCUGGGAGGUCCCCCCUUCCUCUAUGUCCUUAGCUCUCAGGGUAUGGGCCCACCAAACAGUAGGGAAAUCAGUUGUUACCCCCAUCCCUCAAAAAGCACCAAGUUGGAGUAGGAAGCGGGGUCAGGGCUGAGGAAAUGCUGAACAGGGGGAGGUUGGUUGGGUUCUUGGGGACUGUUUGUAAUGGAGGACACCUUUACAUUGGUAUUGCCUUUA